AUGAAUGCACAGAACGCACCUGCUCCUCCAACGGCUGGUCGGGCAACCUCUGGUUCGCAGAACCCCCAAACUCCCUCGGCAAAUCGAACCACAAAUGCCGCAAUGACGGUGGGACUCGUUCAAUUGACUUCGCGUAUUGAAGAAAUCGAUAAACGCAUUCGUUCCCAUCAAAGCCAAAUAGACGACCUUCAAAUCAAUGGCGCGGAUCUGAAAGAUAAAGAAGAGGAACACACCGUUGAAAUCGACUAUAUCAAGUCUCAGCUUGCACAGGUCCAGGCGAAUUUAGGUGUCGUACUUGAAGCGCUAGGCAUUGAUUUAGGAGCCCCUUGUCUUCUAACCAAUUCUGGCGCUGGAUCCGCUCCCGUGGCCGCCGACGUAGCAUGCAGCCAGCCUACAGGCGCGGAGGAAGCAAACCAUGCGGCCACUACUGUACCUGGUCGUUAUGCCAUAAAGUCCAAACCAGGGCAAUCGACAGGAAGCCAGCGUAACAAGGAGGCUCAGCCAGAAAUUCGGCUGAGUAUCUGUCUUGAUUUGUGGGCGGCAGCCAAUGCAUCAUUGGCCAGGAUCUAUGGCGAACCUAAAUUCAGUUUGAGCGAACAUGGGGAUUAUCCAGACGUUUCCAAGUCACAUCCAAACUGGCCUCACCAUAUGGACAAUGGGAAGAAAGUUCCCCUGCAUCGUUUUGACUUUCGCGAGAGUUACUUGUCCGAUAGGAAUAAGGAGACCUUCGAAACUUGGGUGACCACUACUUACAACCGGCUGAGAGAUCCAACAUUUCGAACCUCUGGAGGGUCUCGACUGUCUGGCUCUGAUCUCGAGAGGAAAGUGGUUAUGUCCGCAUGUUCAAAAGUUUACGCGGCCCACAAGUCUCGGUACAAGACACUCACCAAGAUGCGUCAAGGGCCGGCCAUACCAAUUAAACGCAAGUAG